AAAUCUUUGCCAUGUUCUUCUGUCAUGUUCCACUCAUCUAUUAUUUAUCUAUUAUUAUUUUUGUAUUGCACAUCUUUCUGCUACCUAGCACUAGCAUCUGUUACAAUAUGUACGUAAUUUAUAGGAUCAUUAAUAAUUUAUUUAUCCAUGUGUUUUCAUAAUUUCGAUAUUUUUCAGUGAUAAUGUCAAACAAAAGCGGGCAAUGUUCACAAUCUGCAUCUACAAAUGUUGCUCCUAAUGCAAAUGUUACUCCUAAAAAAAACUAGAAAAGAUCCCGGAUGGAAAUAUGUUGAAGUUGUAGAAGAAAAUGAUACAAAUACUCUCGUAUGCAAGUUUUGUAGAAAAAUUAUGAAAGGGGGUAUUACUAGAGUAAAGGAGCAUCUGAUGGGAAAGAAAGACAAUACUACUAUGUGCGAAUUAUGUCCGAAAAAAGUACGAGAAGAAAUGAGGGAACUUCACAAGAGAAAGAGAGUUACUGGUUCUAUGGUUUGUUCCAACGAGCCUAUGGAACUUGAUCUUGAUGAUUUGGGUUUUGGAUUAUCUGAUGAAGAAGAAAAUCCACAAGCAAAACGGAACAAAAAGGUUGAUCUAAAAGGUCCUAUGGAUUUGUUUGUUAGAAGACUCGAAACAAUCAUUGCAAGGAACAAGAAAGAAAAUAUGAGACAAUAAAAUAUCAAAGAGGUGUGCGACAAAGAUUCUAUUGGUGGAGUUCACCAAUUUAUUGCAAGAUGGUGAUAUCAAUCUGGGAUUCCAUUCAAUAGCAUUAAGAUGCAAAGUUUUCAAGAUAUGUUACAUGCUAUUGGACGUUUCGGCCCUAACCUUCCAGCUCCAUCUUACCACCAAAUAAGAGUGUCAUUACUCACCAAGGAGGUUGAAUACACCAAAUUAUUGAUGAAACAACAUCAGAUUCAAUGGGAGAAACAUGGUUGCUCUAUUAUGUCGGAUGCAUGGACGGAUAAGAAACAAAGAUGUUUGAUUAACUUCUUGGUCAAUUCUCCGGCUGGCACAAUGUUUAUGAAAUCGAUAGAUGGAUCUAGUUUUGUGAAGACCGGUCAAAAGUUAUUUGAGAUGUUGGAUUCUCUUGUUGAAGAGAUUGGAGAAGAUAAAGUGGUUCAAGUGAUAACCGAUAAUGGAAGCAAUUACGUCUUAGCGGGGAAGAUGUUAGAGGAAAAAAGAUCACACCUCUUUUGGUCUCCUUGUGUUGCUCAUUGCGUGGACUUAAUCUUUGAAGACAUUGGAAAAAUUUCUUUGAUCAAGCUCACAAUUAAAAGAGUCAUAUCUGUUGUUGGAUUCAUUUACAACCACUCUAGUACAUUGAGUUUGCUGAGAUAAUUCACAAACAAGAGGGAAUUGGUAAGAUAUGUUGUCACUCGUUUUGUCACUUCCUAUCUUUCAUUGGAAAAACUUUUUCAGGAGAAAGAUCAUCUUAGAAGAAUGUUUACCUCCAAUGAGUGGAGAAUAAACAAGUUGGCGAAAGGAGCAAAGGGAAAGGAAGCUGAAAAAAUUGUCAUUAUGCCUUCAUUUUGGAGUAAUGUGAAAUACACUCUGUAAUGGCUCUGCUUGUUCAAGUGCUUCGACUUGUGGAUAGUGAAAAGAAAGCAGCAAUGCCCUAUAUUUAUGAAGCAAUGGACAAUGCAAAAGAAGUCAUUGAGAAGUCUUUUACCAAUGACGAAGGCAAAUACAAAGAUGUAAUUGCAAUCAUCGAUACGAGAUGGGAUUGUCAGCUUCACCGUCCAUUGCAUGCUGCUGGUCAUUAUUUGAAUCCCGAAUACUUCUAUAGCAAUCCUGGACUUGAGAGAAAUAUGGAGGCGGUUGAUGGAUUGUACCAGUAUAUUAGGAGAUUAGUGUCAUCUCAAGAUGUCCAAAAUAAAAUUUUGGGCGAGCUUUCGGCUUAUAGAUCAGCUAGUGGUCAUUUUGGAAUUGACUUUGCGAUAAGACAAAGGAAGACCAUCUCUCCGGCUCAAUGGUGGAAAAAUAAUGGAUGUUCAGCUCCAAAUUUGCAAGAUUUGGCAAUCAAGAUUUUAAGCUUGACGUGUAGUGCUUCAGUGUGAACGCAAUCGAAAUGUCUUUGAGCAAGUAAAUUAUUCUUCGAUUGGUUUGGUAUUUUUUAUAUUUAAUUUACCUUAAAAUACUUAUUUUAUAAUUUUAUUAUUUGUGCAGAUUCAUUCUAAAAAAAAAGAAAUAGGUUUGAACACAAAAGGUUGCAUAAGUUGGUUUAUGUAAAAUAUAACCAAGCUCUUGUUCGGAGGUACAAUAUUAAGGAUGAGAUCGAUCCGAUUACACUAGACGAAAUUGAUGUGUGUAAUGAAUGGUUGGUUGGUGAAAUGUACAAUGGUGAACAUGAUGGUGGAAACGAUUUGGUUUCGAAGGUGAUAAUGGAUUAGAUUGGGAAACCGUUUAUAGAGAAUCGAGACUUGGAGAACCUAGGGCGAAUACAAGGCAACAAUCUAGAGGAAGAAAGAAUGCUUCAAGUUCAACAUUGUCUACUUCUAAUGGUAAGACAAAAGGAAAAGGUAUCUUGAUUGAAAAAGAAUUGAAUGGUAACGAGGAAGAGUUAGAAGAAGAAGAUAACUUGGAAGAUUCAGAAGGAGAAGAAGAAGGAGAUUGCACCACUAGCCAAUAAUGAAGAGUUUGAUUACAUCGGAUUAGAGUUUACCGAUGAUGAUGCUUGAUUUGUUGUUUUACUUUUAAAAACCAUCUUAUUUAUCUUUUGUUAUGCUAGACAUUUAUCUUUUUAUGCUUAUAUGGAUUGAUAUUUUAUUAUAUUAGUCUUAAUGUUAUGUUAUGAUGAUGCUUUAUUUUGUUUAUCUUUAUAAAUAUAAUAUAUUUUUUGAUCCGUCAUAAUAUCCACCGUGGCCCCGUCAUAAAUCUAUGGCCUAUAUUUUGCUUGACGCCAUGGACGGCCCACCCUAAUGAUAACUCAAGCCAAGAGCAUCCAUAUCAACCGACAAGUGAGUACCAAUGGAUGGGUUUUGAUCCCAGACGUGAUUACUUUGAAGAAGGGUAUAU